AUGUCGAAUACCCUCCAGGUACCAGGGACGACUCACGCAAAGGUGAUUGUCGCACCCCCUGCGAUCAACCUUCGACGCGCCGCUGCCUAUAACGCACAAGAUCGGGGACCGCUUUCCUCCUCAUCUGCCACUUUCAACUUCAACCACUUACUUUUCUCUCCUCCGCCCUCGCCUGGCCUCCCUGCGCUUGUUCCUCGACGGAAGCGGAGGGUUUCGAACCCUCUAAAGGCUCGACCAAGCCGGCUCGCCCGGUUGACGUUUUACUUGAUAUCCCUUUUCAUCGGUGGCUACCUGGUUGUCAAUGCUAUCCGCUCUCGUGGCGGAAUAGAUGGAUUCUGGCUAAACAGUUCCAAUGAGGACAAUCAAAUGUUGGGGCUUGAUUCGAUACCAAGAUACCCCACGCCUUUUAUUGUUCCGGAUAUCCAAGGCCAGACAAGAUGGACAGUCUCUAUCCCACCCGACACCAAGUUCCCGCCAUCAUCUCAGGAGAUGAUGACGAUGAACAACCAGUGCCAGAAAGUCUCGGCACGAGCACGUGAGAUGUACCACAAGGGCCCUCUUGCUACAGGCAGCUCUGACGAGUUUUUCUUGGACGUGGAAGAGGCGGAGACCCAGGGACUUCUACGAACACACCAUGGAAAGCUCUCAAAGGAAACCGGAAGGUUUGCGGGGGUUGACACGGGAGCCAUGAAGGGCAUGUCGAUUUGCAAGAAGUCGAUGACCUUUGUUCUGGAAGGUGAUGAUGCUGGCCUGGGAAACACUCUGAUGAUGCUCUGGACAUUUUACGGUCUAGCAAAGAAAGAGGGGCGGACCUUCUUCGUUGAGGACUCACGCUGGGCGUACGGGAAAUAUUCCGACGUCUUCGACAACCUCCCAUCACCAAAAUGUCAACCACCUGCUAGACAUCACAUGCUGCCUUGCCCAUCCCAGGCACGACACCUGAUUGUCUCGAGCUCAUCCGCACAGGAUUUAUUCCCCGAAUUAUUCGCCAAGUACCGCCGCACAUCAGGUACCAGCGAUGAGGCCCGUGACCUGUGGGAUCUCGCCCGGUCUGGCUAUGAUUCACUUUUUGCCCUUCAUGCCGACGACAGUGACUACGUCGAGACUCGUAUCCAGGAUAUGAAGAACAAGGCCAUCACUGACUUCACAAGUCCCAACACACCCAUCGUCGGCCUGCAUAUCCGACGAGGAGAUAGACACCCCAAGGAAUAUCAGUACAAAGAUACUUAUAUCCCAGCAGAUAUCUUCCACCAGAGCGCCCAGAAGGCUGCCAAUGCUCACUUUGGAGAUGUGGAGACCCAGGGGAAACCCCACGAGGCCCUUCUCGUUUUGGCCUCGGACGAUCCUACUGUUCACGAGGAGCCUGAUCUGCAAAGGGCUAUGGUAGCCCAGGAUCGAAUCAAACUGGCAUCCAAGACAUCUAUGACCCAGACACGCCAGCCUGUUGCAUUCAUUCACAAGUUUAUCGAGGAGGCCUUUGGUUGGGAGGGCGGAUUCUUUGCGACCCUUUUCUGGAAUUUGGGAACAGAGAGCAAGAACAAUGCCGCCAACGCUCCCAAGGGAGUGGAAACCGGCAUCCCUGAGGAUGUCUUGAGACGGAUGGCAUCCCCAUCCGAUUCAACUAUGCAGUUGCGAGCCUUUAUUGGCCGUGCUUAUAUGAUGGACCUUGCAGUGAUAGCAGGUGCAAGCGAUAGCAUAGUAUGCGCUGUGAGUGCCAUGGGUUGCAGACUCCUUGGCGUGAUGAUGGACUGGGAGAGUGGUGUCAAGGGCGGCCAUUGGAUAAAUGUCGACCAGGGAUAUCAGUCUUGGCAAGGCAUUGAUUGGUAA